AUGGCCACCCAAAUAGCCCUCAGAGCGAAAAUCAUGGUCACCUCUAUCAGAGAUGAAUCCCACAUGAAGGGGGGAAACCAGGACCUUGCUACCCAAAUUGCCCCCAGAGCCAACAAGAAAGUGAAAAGGAGGGACCAAGAUCUUGCUACCCAAAUACCCCUCAGAGCGAAAAUCAUGGUCACCUCUAUCAGGGAUGAAUCCCACAUGAAGGGGGGAAACCAGGACCUUGCUACCCAAAUUACCCCCAGAGCCAACAAGAAAGUGAAAAGGAUAUAUACCUCGAGAGGCGUGCUAGUAGUAUCAUCCUUGAGGGAUGCUACUGAGGCAAAUCUCUUCAAUUAUGAGGAGGAUCAGGGACUAGCUAGACACCGAAUAUAUGCGAAGACGUGCAAAAAUUGUGAUGGGGUCAUGAAGAAGGAGGUUCAAGAAGUCAAAGCCAGAAAAGGAGGAUCACAACAUUCUUCCGAGUUGUUUGGGUGA